UUCCGUUGCCGGAUCAAAGAGGGGAGAAAAACUAGACUACAUGGCUGUGAUGUCAAUAUCACAUCCAAACCCCAAGGUAAAUUGACCGAUUCCCCAAAGAUGAACUCAGACUGCCAAUCCUCCGCACGUUCGUUCCAUACGCAUUGCGAUGGUUUGAGCUCCUCAUUUCCGACAUGCGCUUCCGACUACCUGCAUCUCAUUUAACAUGCAUGAUACAGCGAUUCUCCAGCGACUUACUACUUUGAUGCCCGCAGGAUGGCACUGUCGUUCAGUAAAAUAUGGGCCAGACAAGGCGUUGAUAUAGUCGAUCUAUUCUUCGAAAAGGCCACGGAUGCGGAAAUGAAUCGUGAUCGUGAACAUCAUGCGGCCAUAUCAAUACAGCGGUGUUGGAGAGGAUUCCUCGUACGGAGGCGUAUACAGACUCUGCACUCGACAGCCACCAUUGUCCAAAGAUACUACCGUGGCUUCCGCGGGAGAGAGGAUCUGAGCCGGCUGAUCUUCAAGCGUAGCAAAGACAGGAGAAUCCGGCAUUAUCAUGACAUGGCCGUUCGCGUCCAGAGAAUAUGGCGGGGCUUCUGGGUUCGCGAAUACGUGUUCGACUAUUACAAGCGAAAGGCGUACCUGGAAAACGUCAAACAGAAGAUUGAGGAGUUCCGGAUACAUCUCGACAACCACGCCGCCCACCAACAUCAACAGCACCUCGACUACAUUCACGAUCUCGCCGUUCAGAAAUCUGCCAAGCUGGCAGCCACUCGUCAUCAUCUGCUCGGCACCAAAGCGGUGCCGGGCGUCUACUCUGGACCCGUGGGGCACCGCCGCACAGUUGAGAUGAGCGUUUCCGAGGCUCUGGCUGCCGACUCUACAGUGCGUGAAGGAACAUGUACGCCGAAGGAGUCAGAGUAUCGACGGAAUCGGAGGAGAGGAAGGAGCGCCUCUCCUGCGAAGGAAGUCAUGAGACGGCAUAAGCUUUUGCCGCCGUUAUAUAUUGCUGAAGAAGAUAUCAGGAGUAGUGGGGCGUUGAAAGAAUGGGUGGACACGCAUGUUGGAGUGAGGAAUUACAAGGGAGAUCCUAUUAAAGCAGUGCAUCGCGGGAAGGAUGGCGAAGACAAGCGAGUGCAGGGGCCGUUCAAGAUCGAAUGGGAACUGGAAAAGAUCGUACAUAAGCCACUACAGCCAACACUGAGAGUGCAAACGGAUUUCUUGGAUACCGUAAACGCCCAACGGCAAGAACGAUGGCUGCAGCAAAAACUGAGAAUUGCGGAUGAAAUUUUCAAGGUGGUGCCCCAAGUGAAGCACGUUCAGCCAAAUUACUCCUUAGAACCAAUGUCGACUGCAUAGACAAGGUGGCACGAGGGAGCGGUAGAAGAAUGUAUUUGGAAAACAAACAUCAUACUGACAGUGGCUUUUCGCUACUCGGAGCCGACAGCGACGGUUGAUUCCUUUGGUUGCAUCUGCUAUUCUACUGAUGUACAUGCGUUUUGCAUAACUAUGGGCUGGGUGUACAUAUACACACGUACGCGGACAUGGGAAAAUAACUACAUGACAUUCGGUACGACCUUUAAGCCACUUAUGAUCAGCGAGAGAAGAGGCGCGAGCCUGUUCAUCUUCUUGGCCCUCAACCCACG